UUCGUCUGUUCUGUUCAACUUUUCUUCAUUCUCUUAUCCUUACUCACAGUUCGAGACAACACGCUUCAUAGACCUACACUCUCUUCUCUAUCACGUUAUUGUCAAUCAGCCUUUAUCUAGGAAUAAUACAGGCGCCCAAGGGGCUUCCAACUUCCGAGAUGCCCGUCCGUAAAUCAAAAACAAUAAUUACGCUCACAAGCACCGCGCCUCAACGUACAGGCGCGUUCGCUGCUAACUUCGUUCCGCCUCCUUACAUCCCCAACUCUAGCCUACCAACCCCUCGCGCACCGGUCACCCGCGACACCUAUGCCAGUCCUUCUCUGAAUUGCGACCUUGAAUACUUCCAUGCCAUCGCGGCGGGGGAGUAUGCCGGACCUAUACCAGUAGAGGAUCCUAUGCUAGUACUGAACCUCUUCCGCGCAACCCUCACGCACAUCCAGCCUAUCGCCGAACGCCUAACCCUAGGACCGGCGCAAGGUGCACCGUACUACGCUCUCAACACCAACCCCAGCACGACCUCGACCGACGAGUUCAAUACACUAGUCGUAACACGCCGGCAUCCCGUGACAGCUGUCUACAGCCCGGCCUGCACCGCAGACAUCCAGCCAAAGUUGGACCUCGACGUGCCCGGUGUGCGCUGCGUCGCAAUUCUUCAUAGUAAGGGUGAGCAAUACUCGCUUAGCUACGGUGAUCGAAGCUCGAUUGGCGAUAUUGGAGACUGCUACGGCCUCUACUACCGCCGCCCAAACAUUAGCGACGGCUCUACGACCGAGAUACCCCUCGCCUUUCUAUACACGGCCGAGUCGUGGCGCACGCUCGAGGAGCUCGCGGAUCAGCGUGGCAUCAUCUACGCCAAACGGCCAGCGUGGGGCCUCGACCCUAGCGGACGUCCAACGGGCGAACAGGCGGAUCCGCGGACGGUGGAGGCGAAGCUCGCGUACCUAGACUUCCAGCAGGUGGUUCCACAAUUUGUGAGCGUUGAUCGCGACGCUCAUGCCUUCAUGGACGCAUUAGCGGCUAGUUUCUUCGUGGUGCUUACGGUGGAGACGAGGAGGGAGCGGUGGAGGCAGGAGAUGGGGAGUCUGCCGGCGUAUGAGCCGAGACGGGAUGCCGUGGGCAAGUAGAUAGACUGAGGUCAUGGGGACGAGAAUUAUCACUACCGGCGCUUGAGUCUGUACAUCCUCAUUUACUACAGCCGCUACGGACUCUUGCAAAAAUCUGGACCGGAUGUGAAGCUUGAUAUUGAGGGAUCUGAGCUAGUAAAAAGAAGCUAGAAAAGGAUCUUCAUCGCCUAGCUAUUGGAGGUGCUCCUAACAACAGCAACAAUCUGCCAAGCAUGGUACGAUAAAUCGUAUGCCCAGAUCUAGACUAACGAGUAGUGCUGCGCUAGCGCUAGACAUGCGACUUCUGCUCGGAAAGAUGCCUGAAUGGACGUUAGGCACCUAUUGGGUUUUGGCAUCUAUUGAGUGUCUGUCUCUAUUGAUUUGCCGGAUAGUUGGGUACAAGCUAACGUCUGGGCACUUUCGGACGUCAUAUUUUCAUCGGUAGUUGUCUAGCUUCGGAUGGUCGGGAGGCAGAGUUUCAUCACGUGACGUAGUCGCAUGAGUCGCUCAAGCUUU